UGCAUUUGUUCCACGGAGGUGAGUGUGAAUUGUUUGUUGACGUCUUAGCGGUUUUUGGACGUCUUCAAGUUCAGCAGCAUGAAGUCCUUGGUUAUCUUUCCGGUGAUCCUGUGCAUCAUCCAAGUCUAUGCUGCCGAUAAACAAGACGUGAAAUCAAAGACGACGUCAUCUCCGGUUAAUACCAUCCAGCAAAACCCUAAGUAUGACAUGGUUUAUCAAACGGUGAAACUGCAGCAACCGGUGCAACAAUUGCACCAACAAAUUCAGCUCCAGCCGGUACAAAUCCAGCCUUUGCACCAGAUUCCGUUGCAGCAGAGAGCCCACUACAUACCUAUUCAGAUUCUCCCUAAACAGUACUAUGCGCCUCAGCCACAACACGCCAUGAUCAUCAUAGCACAACCAGCCCUUUUGCCUCAGAGCUUAGUGUACGGAAACCCUAUGCAACAACUUUUGAACUACUUCCACAAUAACCCACAAGCUAGGUACCAGUUGCUGCACGGGAACUACCAGCAACAAGCCCAACAAACCCAAGCCCAACAUACUCAACUCCAGGCGGUACAACCCACUGCCACUUACAUGCACCCAGUACUGGCGUCCCCUGUUAGUAACUACUUUUUGUCUCAGUCGCCUCAGGUGACUACUCAGAUUGCGACCCAGCCUCAACUCGUAGCUCACACGAGUCCCAUGCCGACCCCAGCGGUACAGUACCCGACUCAGCCAGCUCAAGCUCAAUUCCAGGUCCAACAAGUACAACAACACCACCACCAACAACAACAACAACAGCAACAACAACAACAACCGCAGCCACAAACAUCUCAGUUGAGUAGUAUAGCGCAUUUGGCUCAGUUGGCCGCUCAGCAGUACGUCUCGACGCAGAUGAAGACAGCGCCUGCGAUUGUCACAGGUUUUGAGCAUUUCACACCCGAGCAGCAAGCUCAGAUUAAGGCUCAGUUGAGUACGCAUUUAGGUAGCAAUUUCCAUGCAGUUGCGGCUGGUACUAAUCCUCAGUACUCUUCGAAGUAUGUAGCGGAACAAGAUAACAAUAAUUUUGUUCCAAGUCCACAAGUUAAGAAUGAACCCGUUACUACAAUUAGUUCGCAAACGGCGGAAUUAUUGAAGUCGCGUUAUCUUAAUAAAGCGAAAAAUUAA